AUGGUUGAUUCUUCAAAGCUUCAUCCAGCUACCCUAGUCACCAACAUCAAGACAUGUGUUCCUAUUGUUCUUGAUUAUGAUGCCAAACCAUCCAAACCUACGGUAGCAAAAAAAGCUUUAUGGCAGCGACUUGAUGAUAUUGUUCGUCAAUGGAUUUAUGGGACGAUUACCAAUGACUUACUAAAUUCCUUUAUCGAUCCGGAUGAUAAAGCAGUUGAUACUUGGAAUCGUUUGGAAAUUUUUUUCCACAACAACAAGUCGGCUAGGGCAUUACAAUUGGAUGCUCAAUUCACAAACACAAAGCUUGAACAAUUUGAUGGUGUCAAACCUUAUUGCACACGUCUCAAAACCCUUGCCGAUAGUUUGAAGAAUGUAGGAGAUAAGGUCUCCGACAAUCGAAUGGCUUUGCAGCUUUUGAAAGGUCUCUCGGAGGAGUAUGAACCCUUUCGAACGUCCGUUCGGCAUCUCAAUCCUCUUCCUUCCUUUGAUGCAUUGCGAUCCAUGCUUGAACUUGAGGAGCAAGGUAAUGCAACCGACAUUACUAGUGAACCCACCGAGGAGGCUCAUCUUUCUCACGCCUCUUCCACGGUUUCACAAUCCAAUGGCAAAAAUUCACAAAAUUCUUCACAAUCUCGUGGUAGAAAUUCUCGCAAUGGUGGUUGA